AUGGCCGAAACAGGCCCUGUAUCUGCGCCAACUCAGGUCGUGAUCCUGGGUGGUGGUGUGAUUGGACUUACCAUUGCCCAUGUUUUAUCUGCCAGUACGCAAGGGGAAUAUAGCAUCACCAUCGUUGCUCGCGACAUGCCAUCGGAUCUGGAAUCACAGUCAUUUGCGAGCCCAUGGGCUGGUGCAAAUUGGUCCCCAAUCGGUGGAUACGACGAGUGUACUUACAGACGGGAAAUAGUCACCUUCAACAAGCUGUGGAGUCUAAUUCCGACCGGGAUGGUCAUGGCAAGCUCUCAUGCUAUGCAAAUAAUGAUUAUUCUUCACCUAUCACAACAACAGGCACUCCCGUUUCGUGUCUAUUACGAGACUGCUGAAGGUCUAGACAAACUCUGGUACAGAAAUCUCGUUAGGGAUUUUCGUGUUAUGGACGCAGCCGAGCUUAUUUCGGGCGCGAAGGGCGGUGUAUACUUUAAUACGGUUUCCCUUAAUCCUGAGCUAUACUUACCUUGGCUUGCUGCUGAAUUGAACGCACGUGGUGUCCGUUUUGUCAAACAGAGGAUGCAAAGUCUCAGCCAAGCGGCAGCCCUGGCUGGCGCAGGCGGAAUCGUUGUUAAUGCAACAGCACUAGGUGCCCGGUCAUUGAUUGGGGUGGAGGACUUGAAUGUGUAUCCCAUUCGUGGACAGACCAUCAUCGUGCAUGCACCGAGUAUCAAAGAGUGUGCAGCGUUUCCAUUAGAAAGCAAGUCCUCCGACCCUAGCCGAGGGGAAGCAACGUACAUGAUUCCGCGCCCCUAUCCAGUAGGGCACGUUUUGUUGGGGGGUACCUAUCAGCCAGAUAAUUGGGAAACAGCAACAGACUUUUCAAUAGCACAGGGAAUCCUGAAGCGCUGUGCAGCCUUCGCGCCGGAGUUGGCCAGCAAAGAUUUGCGUAUACUGAAACAUAAUGUUGGCUUGCGGCCUGCUCGGAAGGGGGGACCCCGCAUCGAGGUAGAAUGGCGUAAUCUACCCAUCAAAGAUGCGUUUGCCACCGUGAUUGCGCCGCCGUUUACGCCUAGCAGACAAGGAAGAAUAAUGGUUGUCCAUGCCUAUGGUUUCGGUCCCGCUGGGUAUCAGAACUCGUGGGGGGCCGCGGAGGAAGUUGCUUCGCUCAUUUGUUCUAAUUUCGAUAGCAUGGAAGCUAGACUGUAG